GCAACACCAAACAUGUCGGCCAUGGACCCGCAGUCGCCAUUCCGCUUUCCGCUGCGCGAGUCUCUACAGUCUCUGUCGCCGGAGCGCGUCCAUAACAGCCGGUCGCGACCCGCCAGUACCAUCUCCUCGAAAACUACCUCUGUCGACUCCGACCCAUAUGUCGAGCAAUCUUCGUCACCUCGCUCGUCUCCCGUACGAAAAGCCGCCAACCUCUUCUCCGAUUACGACCCGAGACGGCACAGUCCUGUGAAAGAGACCGGCUUUGUGCUACCCGCCAGCCCUUCGUUGCCAGAAAUACAUUCUUUCCAGCGAACACACGGCAGGACCAAUAGCGAUGUCCAUGUCCAGGGCCUUGUUAAGAGAUUCGAGCAUCUGGACGUGCGCGAUCGCGACGCCGAGAGUGCUGAUAGGAGGAAGAGGCAUGAAGCGGAACUACGGAGAGCACAGAUCGGGCGUGAGGAGGCUGAGAGCGAUGUCAAGAGGCUGAGGGAGGAGGUGCGCAGGCUGAAGAAGGAAGGUGACGAGGGCCGCGAUCGAGAGCGGAAGGUCGCCAAGAGGCUAGAUGUGGUGAUGGACGAGUUCGCGACCUUCAAGGAGACACAGACAUCACAACUCUCGGUAUACGAAAAGGAAGUGCGCAAAUUACGGAAAGAGGCAUUUAAGUCAUCCUCUGCGGUAUUGAAGUUGCAGGAAGAGCUCAAAUCUACUCGGAACAGUCUCCGAAUCACCCAGUCUGGAUUCGAUAUGGAAAAGCGCAAAGUGCAGCAGCGAGAACAGCAGACAUUCGACGCACAGUAUCAGAUGGUGGCACUACAGGAGGAGCUAGACAGACUGAAAACUCAUGUCAAGACGGUUGAGCAGGAAAAGGAUGCACUGAAAACAAGCUUAAAAGAAGAGGAAGUCGCGAGGAUAGCUGCAGAAGGCAUGAUUGCACUGCCGCUUGGUAACCAGGAGGACGACGAUCUGAUGAGUCCCCAAGUCGUGCGAAGACGCUCACCACACAAAAGACCACAGUCACCGCUGUCAGACGACAAGGAGAAUGCAGGUGUUGUGACAAAGAAGAUGGUGGAGAUGAAGCAAGUAAUCGAACAGCUACGACUGGAAAAGACGAAACGAGAGGAUGCGGAGGAGCUUGCAGAGUUCUUGCGCUUAGAGUGCAGCUUCAAGUGCUGUACUUGCAGGUCAAGAAGCACCAGCGGACACGAUCUAUCGCUGAAGUCCAAGCCUUUCGCAGAAGCACUCGAGGACAUUCGACGCACGAUGCGUUCUGUAAUAACACCUCCCGCAAGCGAGAGUAUCGAAGGAGCAAUCUCCGACAGUGCAGUCUUGAUCAAGCCGGAGCCAGAAGCGGAGCCAGAAAUCGAGGCGGAGAUGAAAGAUGUCGAGAUGGCACAGCCUGAAGAAGCCACUCUAGAGCACGAUGUCGUACGCAGCAUGACCAUGACAGGAGACGAGGUCGAUCGUGACGAGCAUUGUCGGGAUGCUGCGAACGAUGAGGCGAUCGUGGAUGAUGAAGAGCCCAAUGCCCCCUACCCUACCCCUGCAGAGCCACCACUUCGUUCUUCCAGAGCCAUCACCCCAGUGGCCUCUACAAUCAAAGUACCUCUCGCUCCCUCCAGCCCACAGACACCCGGGCUAAUCGCGACACCAGCACGCCCCCAUGGCUCCGUCCGCACAAUAACAACGACAACCACCAUUCCAAUGCAGUUCACUCCUGCCAAGCCGACAUUCCACGUGGGAGACGCUGAGAACAUUCCACCAACCGUCAUGUCCCCUCAGCGCGAUCGAUCCGGCUCCGCUCCCACCUUUGACAGAGCGGCUGCACUCGCGGCGAUAGCGUACAGGAGAGGCAGAGCCAAGAGUAUCGCCGAUGGGCAAAUGACGCCCCGGAAGCAAAUGCUCGAGGGUCAAGUUAGCAUUAAAGAUAGAAGGGACAUUUCGGCGCCGGCCUUGGGGCAGCAGAAGAGCGCCAGUAUCAAGCGUACUGCGUCCAAAGGCCACAGUGGAAAGGUUGGAAGCGCGAGCAGAACGAGGUGAGAGCAUUCUGGAUGGCGCAUCGGCAUUGUAUAUACCCACGGAUUUUUUGCAAUCCUGGUUUGCUCUAAUUCUUGGACGACUUGGGGAUGAUGGAGCGAUACCAGGUACCUCCUUACCUUUUUUUACUGUUGUGGGAUCAAGCGUUGGCGCUCCGGCGAGUUUCUGCACCUUCUUCAUUUAGGGGUUUACAGGGCUUCAUAAUUGCACUUAUUCACUACGUAUCUUAUCUUACUUCUACGGGACAUGUGGCUGGUGUGCUCCUUUUUCAACUGCCAUCAUCAUUCGCAGUAAGGUAUUCUACAUCAUUAUUCUUACAAUGACGGCGUGCACGGGGGCUGCAGUGUGCUUGAAGCGGCUCAAAUGCCGAGAAUCCCCGACCAUAGGUACACUAGGUAAUUAUGGUCAGCUAUACCUAAGCACUAGGUAGUAAGCAGGUUAUCGCGCCCGGUCUCUCUGGUACAAAGUGCCUACUUUCUGUAGAUCAGGUAUUCAUGAGACUUCCAUAGCAUCACCAUUGCUGACUCCAUUCGCACUGGCGCCGAGAGUGACUCCUCCAUCUUCACCAAUCAAUCUCGUUUCAAAUUCCGUCACAAACUUGACACUUCGGGUAGGAUCGUAGAAGAGCUGAUAGGAGCGCGAGACAUCGUUCACUUCGACCUCCUUGGCUUUGCGUUUCUGCGCUAGCAGAUUCGAUGUCGUGAUGAGAUUGCUUGCGUAUCGGAGACCAGUUUCGGAGCCAAUUUUGGUGAGUAAGGCCAUGGCGUCGGCGGAAAUGUCAAUGUCUUCUUCUAAUGCUCGCAGUUGCAGGAUGUCUCGAAUUUCGUGAUCUUGGUAUGGUUGUGUUGAGAUGAUGACUACGCGAUCCAGGAAGUCGAGUGGGAGGCCGUGGGGACUUCGGUAGUUUGUGCCUCGGAUGGUCGUCGUGCCACGAUUCGAAGCCAUGAUAAUGAUCGGUGCCAAUUCGUCCUCGAGAGCACGGUUGAUGAAGCUGAAACACUCAAUGUCAAGCAUGUGCACCUCGUCGAUGAACAGUACACCGGGCACAAUCUCAGCUUUGCCCUCUUCCUUCCAUUCUGCCACCUUUGUGUUGAUUUGCUCGCGGACUUCGGAUCUGAUCUCGCCAGUGUCGCCAGAGAAGAGUGCCAGAAAGCCUUGCGUCCGGCUGUUGAUCACGUCUAUCUCGUGAAGUGAUACAGUGUGCACGGUUUCUCGACGCACUUGCAGCUCACCAUCAGGACAUUGGAUGAAUUUGGCAUCGGACCCUACUGCGUCGUAGUCGCGACUUCUGGUGUAGCUCCUUCCCAGCUUGGUAAUUCGGCCGCUAGCUUUGUCAAUGCUAAUGAUGUCGCCUGCCAUGACCUUCUCCUUGGUCAUGCUAUCGAUCAUGCGAGUUCCCAUAUCGUACAGUGUCUCCAUGUCCGUGGUCUUGAGCGUCAGCUUGCCGCUCUUGUUGUUUCCUGUGACAGAUCUGUCAAUCUGGAUCUCCACUACCUCUCCCUCAAUGACCUCGCUCUCUUCUCGUAUCCGUACCGCAAUGGACUUGCGGAAUGCUUGCUCUAGCGCUUCCGUUUUGCUCAUCUCCAUGCUGAAGAUUUCUGAUGAUGCCAGCGCCGUAAAAGGUACAUCCUCGCCCAACUCUUUACUCAGCCCUAUUGCAAUCGCAGUCUUUCCCGUGCUCGGAGGUCCAGAGAUGAGUACGGCGCGACCAGCGAUUUUGCCUUCCUUGACCAUUUGGAGAAUUACACCAGCAGCCUUUCGCGCCUGCUGCUGGCCCACCAGACCACCCGCUGACGGCUUCGGUGUGAGAGUGUCGGGCGUGAGACCCAGACCUCGGACAUGUGAGUGCGCCGCGAUGAGAUUCAGUCCCUGCCGCUCCUUCGAGUCGGAGACUGUGGUGAUGGGUGCAGCCAUUGCGUUUGGAGUGUUGCGCUCCGGGCGCUGUUGGCGUGUUGUCCGAGGAGAUUCCUUGUUUGCGCAGACCGUUGGUAUGCCGUCGAGUAGAUGAUAUGGUGGUAUGGGAUCGAAGCGGUCACGCGUUGGGAUACGGCAGGGGUGGUAUGCGACCGGAUGGUGUGGAC